AUGCGGAGACCUCGUCCAGAUACGUCCAGUGGCGGAUUGAUAUGCUUGGCAAUGGGAUUCCGGCCUUAUCAAAUGCCAUCAAGAGUGGGCAAAUGUGAAUGUGCUGGAAGCAAAGGUGAAUCGUUGGCACUUGAAGGACCAGGAGCGCACCAUUUCAAGUCUAGUGGUAUCCCCGCUCAUGGGAUAUGUUCCUUUCAGAGAGGAUGGUUUGACAAAAGCGAUGCUGAUGCCGAUGCCACCAACUUGUACAGGUUUUGCAGUGAGCCAUGUUUGAGAAAAUUCCACAAUAAAGUCCGAGAUGUUGCCAUGUAA